AUGUCGUCCAUUGAAGAGCUCAAGGUUGUGCGGCUGUUUCGCGCACUCAACACGAUGAUUCAACUCUGCCACGACCGUGGCUACGUCAUUCGACACCCGUCGGCGAUCGCCGAGGCGGUGCAGAACCCCGAGCUGUACGACAACGAAGAGGGGCUCGAUCAUGACUGGUUCUUGCGGCACUUCGUCAUCUCGCCUGACCGCGCGGCGCGCAGCACACGCUCGAAGAAAAACGGUGAUGGCGGCAGCAGUAGCAGCCCCAGACGUGAAGCAAAGAACGAGGAAGAUGGAGGCGACGCUGACAAGCCGGGCGAGUAUGAUGUGGCAGUGGACGAGGAUGAGGUGCUUCGCCGUGCAGCCAACGGAGAGUGGGUGUGCAUGCGCAACGCCAUGCGGCUGACGUGCUCCGUAGACCCACGCCGCGCAACGCUGGCGUCGAGUGUCGUCACGCGGGCACCAACAAACAAGACGCCAUCCUCUGCGCCUACCGUGAAGGCGGAGCCGAAGGACGACGACGGCGAUGUGCCGUAUGCUGUGGCAGCAUCUGCGGUGGACGCAAAGUCGAAGGAGAAGGCGGCCAAGAAUGCCCUCAUGAUCUUCUUCUCGGGCUCACCGAAGCUGAGCGUAAAGGAGGUGCAUUCGUUCCGCGAGAAGGCGCUCAAGAAGAAGGCGUCAUCGAUGAUCAUCGUGGCGAACAAGAUCGACCCCGGUGUGCGCAUGGAUGUGCAGGAGCUCAGUGGUCGAAUGGAUGAGGCCACAGGAGCGGAGCUGCUCUCCAUCCAAGUGUUCGAGGAGGAGGCGUUGGCAUUCAACGUCGUGCGCCACGAAACGGUACCGGGCCACGUCGCCCUCACGCCCGCCGAGGCCGAGGCGUUUCUGGCGGAGCGGAAGCUAAACGUUGCCCAGCUGCCCCGCAUGCAAGAGAGUGACCCUCUGGUCCAGUACCUUGGCCUGCAGCGCGGCAGCAUCGUCCACAUCACACGCGAAGGGAAGCAGAGCGGCCCGUACAGCAUGUACCGGCACGUGAUUUGA